GCUUCUGUCCUGGGGGAGUGGGUAAGGAAUGGGCAUAGGGCUGGUGCUUGGCUCUCUUGGAACCUUUGCUCCUGUGGGGAGGGGGCAGGCUCUGCCCCGACUGAGGUGGGUCUCGGAGAUGGAGGUCACAUAUGGGAACCCCUCUUUUCAGACUCCUGGCUGCUGCCCACAAUGCAGAUUUCGAGGCCCCACCUCCCAGAUCCACCAACUAGACUGUCGGAUCUUUGGGAUGUCAGUUUCCCACCCCACCCCUGUCCCCAUUCUGAUAGGUAUUUUGGUUGAGCACCUGACUUUUGGGGGCGGUUUAUGAGGGAUUUUGAGGUCAGGAUGCUUUGAAGUGGUACAAGCCCCAGGAUAUGUGCCUUGGCCACUGAGAGCACAAGUUCUGGGAAGUGGUAACGGGGCUGAGCACAGUGGCCACGUGGGGGAUGGGCAGUGUCUUAGUCAUCUAGUGCUGCUAUAACAGAAGUACCACAAGUGGAUGGCUUUAACAAAGAGAAAUUUAUUCUCUCACAGUCUAGGAGGCUAGAAGUCUGAACUCAGGGUGCCAACUCCAGGGGAAGGCUUUCUUUGUUGGCUCUUGGGGAUGCCCCUUGUCAUCACUCUUCCCUGGUGGAGGAGCUUCUCUGCGCAGGGCUUCCAGGUCCUGUGCUAUUCUCCGGGCUCUUGUUUAUGGGUGGUAUGAGGUCCCCAUGUCUCUCUGCUCGCUUCUCUGUUUUAUAUCUCAAAUGAGAUUGAUAUAAGACACAACUUAAUCUCGUAGAUUGAUUCCUGCGUCAUUAAUAUAAUUGCCUCUAAUCUGGCCUCAUUAACAUCAUAGAGGUAGAAUUUAUAACACAUAGGAAAAUCACAUCAGAUGACAAAAUGGACAAUCACAAUACUGGAAAUCAUGCCCUAGCGAAGCUGAAACAUUUUUGGGGGACACAAUUCAAUCCAUAACAAGCAGUGACCAGGAUCCCUGGGCCCAGUGGGUGGCUGAAGACAGGCCUGCAGUUUCACAGGCCACAUCAUCAAGCUGGCAGCCUGCCCGGGGGCACCUCUCAUCCUCCUCCAGCACGGUGGGAGGCUUCUGGCUUGAAUGCCAAGCCUAUGUGGAGCUGGUGAGGGACAUGAGUGCAGCCUGGAGGAACAGGCCCAGCUGAACCUUCCUGGAGUCCUUAGCUAAUCACAGAUCUUGGAGCCCAGCCCACUCCCAAAGGUUAACUGCCAAGGCCUUUCCGUUCCAACCACACACAGAUGUCUAAGCUCCUGGCCCCCAGUGAAGCAAGGGUGGGCUGUAGAGCUGGGUUUGAGCUCUGACACUGCAUGUGCUCAUUCACUGAGUAUCCCCUGUGUAGCUGGCAGGGGGCUAAGCUCCUGGGAUCAUGGCACCAAGGCUGCAGGUGACUUCUGCUCCCUCAGCAGCUCGUGGUCCAGGGUCCUGUGGAUAGGGGUGUAGCCUGGCUGAGUCCCAUCUCCCUAUGGGUUAAGUGGACACCACAGGAGAACCUCUUUAGGUGUGCAGAUUGUGGGCAGUGCUGCUGGCAAGGCCUGACUUCUGGUCCUGUUUAUCUUCAGUUUCCCAAACUGGAUCGUCAACUGCCUGAGGGCAGGAUUUCUGCCUGUUGCCCAAGGACCUGGUGCACAGCGUGUGUAUGAGGAGAAGGAAGAGGGAGGUGCCAGUCCUGGAGCAGAGACCUCUAGAGCGAGUCAGGGCUGGGUCCAAAGGACAGCUAGGAGGGAUGACAGGAGGCUGGUGGUACCAAUGAAGGGGCAGAAAACUGGGUCUACAGAAGUUAGCCACAAAGGCAGAGGGAAGACAGGCCACCAGAUGGGGGGACAGGCCAGGGAGAGGAAAGGGGAUCCUAUAGAUGAUGGCAGAGGCAAAGGAGUGACAAAUGUGACAGACAAGAGGGGCCCAGGUGGGCAGGGACAAACUCAGAGGAACUGGAGCCAGGCAGAAUCCCCAGCAGAGCAAAACAGACAAUCACAGCAGGGUCAGGAACAGAGGCCUGACCAGAAGCAGCCACUGUCAACAGUUCCUGGGAAACUUCCAGGGAAGUGGGCCUGGUGGGUUGGCCUGGGGGUCCAGAGGUCAGGGACAGCCAGCCCGGGUGGUAGAGGUGAGACUAUGCAUACCGCUGCCACUUCAAGGAGGGAGCCAGUGCAAUGGGCGUCAGACCAAGGCUGGUCCAGCUGCUGCUGCUGCUGCUGCUGCUGUGGGCCCUGUGGCAGUCUGCAUGGCCGGCUGCCAUGGCCCUGGUGCUGCGCUGGUUGCUGGGAGACCCCACCUGUGGUGUGCUGCUUGGCCUGGUUGUUCUGGUGCGACCCUGGCUCGGCCUCUGGGUGCCCCACUCGGUUAGCCUAGUGGCCGCAGCUGCCACACUAACCCUGUUGCCAGCCAGGCUACCCCCAGGGCUGUGCUGGUUGCCAGCUGACGUUGCCUUUGUGGUCUGGGUCAUCCGCCUGGGGUUGCAGAUAUGGGCACAGCUGAACCAAUGGCCAUCCCGCACCUUUAUGGAUGCCUUUGAGCUGGCAUGAGCACAGCUGGACCGCGUGCCCUUGGUGUGCAUGGGGCCUGAGGGUUGCAAGGUCACCUUCGGAGAGCUGGACACCCAGGCCUGCCGGGUGGCAUGGGCCCUGAAGGCCAAGCUGGGUGGCCACACUGGCCUGUCUGCUGAGGAGCCAACCGCCCUCCUGGUACUGGCCAUCCAGGCCAUUCCUGCCCUCGGCUUGUGGCUGGGGCUGGCCAAGCUAGGCUGCCCUGCAGCCUGGAUCAACACGCACAGCCAGGGGGCACCUCUGGUCCAUACUGUGCUGAGCUCUGGAGCGGGGCUGCUGGUGGUCAACCCAGACCUCCGGGAGAGCCUGGAGGAAGUCCUUCCCAAGCUGCAGGCUCAGAACAUGUGCUGCUUCUACCUCAGCAACUCAUCCCCAAUGCUGGGCAUGGAGGCUCUGGGGGCCAUCUUAGCUGCUGCUCCCUCAGACCCAGUGCCUGCUUACCUACGUGCAGGGAUCUCACCAGGAAGCCCUGCCCUGUACAUCUACACCUCAGGAACCACUGGACUCCCAAAGGCGGUUAUCCUCACACAUGAGCAGCUGCUGUGUAUGUUUGGGAUGCUGUCCCUGUUUGGGGUCACAGGUGAUGAUGUGAUCUACACAGUCCUGCCUCUGCAUCAUGUGAUGGGGCUUGUCUUUGGAGUCCUUGGCUGCCUGGAGCUCGGAGCCAUCCUGGCCCCGAAGUUCUCUGCCUCCUGCUUUUGGGAUGACUGUUGGAAGCAUGGUGUGACUGUGAUCCUGUAUGUGGGCGAGAUCCUGCAGUACCUGUGUAAUGGUCCCCAACAACCCAAAGACAGGAAACACAUGGUCUGUCUGGCUGUGGACAUUGGACUCUGGGCAGAAGUGUGGAAGACCUUUCAGCAGCACUUCGGUCCCAUUCAGAUCUGGGAAGGCUAUGGCUCCACAGAGGACAACAGUGGCUUCGUCAACCACCCGGGGCACUGCAGGGCCCUGGGCAAGGUGAACUCCCUCCUUUGAUUACUGUCCCCUUUUGAGCUCAUGCAGUUUGACACGGAGGCUGUGGAGGCCAUGAGUGAUGAUCGUCGCUUGUGCAUCCCCACAGAGCCAGGGGAGGCGGGGCUGCUGGUGACCCGGGUGACGAAACUCUCUCCCUUUAUGGGCUACAGAGGCCCGCGAGAGCUGUUAGAACGGAAGUUGGUACGGGACGUGAGGCACCCGGGCGACGUUUACUAUAACACCGGAGGCCUGCUGGCCACGGACCGCGAGGGCUUCCUCUACUUCCUAGACUGCCUCAGUGACACUUUCCGGUCUGAGGCGGGGUUUUGUGGGCUGGACUAGGAGGCGGGGCUUCUCGGGUAAGGGCGGAACCCCCGGGGCUUCAGAGCCUGGAAAGAGCAAGGCUGAAAGGGCGUGACUUCCUGUUCCUGGAGGGGGCAGGGCUUGAGAGGCGGGACUUCUGGUAGUUAAGAGACCUGGGGACUCAGGAUUACUCGGUUCCGUAGGAGAUGGGGUUUGUGGGUGGUUGGGUUACAGCCUUGGAAACCCAAUGGGCAGUUCUGCUUUGUCCUGUGCGAU